UAGGAAACAUCCAUUAACCUCACAAGUAAAAUUCGAGACUCUAUGUUCCUUUUCAACUCCUAAAGAGAACUAGAGGGAGACAGAACUGGCCACUGGAGAGAGCAUAACUGUAUGCUGCCUGGGACCUCUCAGCUACCCACAGAAGCCAGCAUGUCUUGGGUCCUGCUUUCUGUCCUUUGGCUCAUCAUUCAAACCCAAGUGAUAGAUACAAAGUCAGCCCCCGAAUUAAAGCUCCAUGAAAUAGUUCAUCCUAAAAGAAUAUCCAUUUCACACAGAAGAGGAACCGAGAACAAUCAGACAGAGAGAUAUGCCAAAGAGGAAAAAUAUGCACCUGAAGUUCAAUAUCAGAUCAUACUAAAUGGAGAAGAAAUUAUCUUUCACCUGAAAAGAACCAAGCAUCUUCUGGGGCAAGACUGCACUGAAACAUCUUACUCAGCCAGAGGAGAAGAGGCGACCAGACGCUCUCAGGAUGUGACACCCUGCUACUACGAAGGCCACAUCCUGAAUGCAAGGGACUCUCUUGCCAGUAUCAGUACAUGUGAUGGUUUGAGAGGGUACUUCACACAUCGUGAUCAAAGAUAUCAGAUAAAGCCUCUACAGAGCACAGAUGAGGGAGAACAUGCUGUCCUUCCAAUCACCCAGGGGGAAGUAGACACAGCAAAUUACAAGCAUGGUGAGAAGCAUGCUGGCAGGAAACGAAGCCGUUUUCGAAUUUCCAGGUCCUUAAACAGCUCAAAUGACUUCCUUCAAGGACAGAAAUACGUUGAUCUCUUCUUGGUGUUGGAUAAUGCCUUUUAUAAGAUGUAUAACGGGAAUGUGACUCGGAUAAGAAGCUUUGUGUUUGAGGUGAUGGAUCUGCUCAAUGUGAUUUACAAAACCAUAGAUAUUCAAGUGUCUUUGGUGGAUAUGGAAAUCUGGUCUGACAGUGACAAGAUAAAGGUGGAACCCAGGAUUGGUGCCACAUUCCAAAGCUUCCUGAAAUGGCAUUACUCUACCCUGGGAAAAAAGAAGAUCCAUAACCAUGCCCAGCUUCUCAGUGGAUCUGGCUUCCUCUAUAGACGUGCAGGAAUGGCAGCUGCGAAUUCCUUGUGUUCUACAUCUUCAGUGUCUGUUGUUGAGGCCAAAGGAAAGAAUAAUGUGGCUCUCGUAGCAGUGAUGUCCCAUGAGUUGGGCCAUGCCCUCGGUAUGAGGGAUGUUGUAUAUAGCACCAAGUGUCCCUCUGGCAGCUGUGUGAUGAAUCAGUACCUGAGUUCAAAAUUCCCCAAGGAUUUCAGUACUGCCAGCCGCUCACUCUUUCAAGGAUUCCUUUCAACUAGAAAUGCAAGGUGUCUGCUGUCGGCACCUAAUCCUAAAAAUAUAAUAAAACCAACCUGUGGGAACCAACUUCUGGAAGUGGGGGAAGGCUGUGACUGUGGCUCUCCUGAGGAAUGUACCAACCUUUGCUGUGAGCCCCUAACAUGUAGGCUGAAAUCUCAAACUGACUGUGAAGAGGAAGCAUCUAACCAUAUCACGUGA